AUGAAUGAGAAUGCUCGCGAGCUUUCUCAUUCAGACUAUACGGUUGGCUGGAUAUGCGCCUUGCCGGGGACUGAGUUGGUAGCCGCUGGUGCCAUGUUGGAUGAAGAGCACACCGUUCUUCAAGCAGCUGAUCCAAAUGAUAUCAAUUCUUACCUCUUUGGUAGGAUUGGAGAUCAUAACGUGGUGAUUGCUUGUCUACCUGUAGAGCAAACAGGGAAGGUUUCCGCUGCUACUGUAGCAAAAGAUAUGGUACGCAGCUUCCCAGCUAUUAGAUUCGGAUUGAUGGUUGGCAUUGGAGGCGGUGCACCAUUCUAUGGAGCGCCGAACGAAGGGACUACUGAUGUUGAUGAAUCUGAUGAAUCUGAAGAUGAGGGCAUGGACAAAAUCCAAGACAUCAGAUUAGGGGAUGUGGUGAUAAGUCAACAUUCAAAGUCUUCAGAGGCCGUCUUACAAUAUGACUUUGGAAAAUCUGUACAGGGUCAAGAAUUCAUUCGUGCCGGGGGUCAGCUAAACAAGCCCCCAGGAAUUGUCUUGAACGCGAUAUCUAUGCUAAAGGGUCAGCAUGCGCGGAAAGGCCAUAAAAUCUGCGACCUGCUUUCCGAAAUGCUGGCAAACAAUCCGCGGAUGAGAAAGAACUUCAAGCACCCCGGAUCUGCAAAAGAUCAUUUAUUCAAAUCUGAAAUUUGUCAUGUACCUGGGAAGAAAUGCGAGUCAUGCCAGGGCCCUGAUGGUGCAAAUCUUGUGAAACGGAAACAGCGUUUGAGCGAAGAACCCCAAAUACACUACGGAACGAUUGGAUCUGCAGAUCAAGUGAUGAAAGAUGCUCUUUUGAGGGACAAAUGGUCUCAAACAGAGAAAAUUAAAUGCUUCGAAAUGGAAGCUGCGGGGCUCAUGGAUACGCUUCCAUGUCUUGUGAUCAGAGGUAUCUGUGACUAUGCUGAUUCACACAAGAACAAGGUUUGGCAACCAUAUGCUGCUGCUGUGGCGGCUGCCUACGCAAAGGAGCUUUUGCACAAAAUUGCAGGACAAGGUGUCCUCCAUUUGCCACCAGUUGAUAAAGCGAUGUUCAAGGUUCUACGAAAGCUUGAACAGCUUGAAUUGCGGCAAGUAUCAGAUAGAGAGACGGCCUGUCUUCAAGCCUUUCGCACUACAGACUAUGAAUACCAAAAAGAUUUCAACCCAGACAAAGAAGACGGAACGUGUAGUUGGUGUCAUCAAAGUCCAAUUUUCCAGAACUGGCAAGAGAAUCACUUGUCUUGUCUAUUGUGGAUCACAGCUGAUCCAGGCUGUGGCAAAUCUGUUCUCUGCAAGGACCUUGUCGACAAACGCCUGUUUGGCCUUGAGUCUAGCGACACGACCAUUUGCUAUUUCUUCUUCAAGGACACGUCAGCUGAGACUCGGAGCCCUGCAAAUGCCGUGGCUGCCUUUUUACAUCAAGUCCUGAAAUCUAAAAAUGGUUGGAAAGCCAUGAGGCAUGCACUACCAGCUUAUCUUGAAAAUGCAGAGAAGGUAUGCCAGAGUCUCGAUGUCAUGUGGACAAUCCUGAAAGACAUAUCCCAAGAUCCAGAAUGUGGGAGAAUAAUACUUGUCUUGGAUGCAUUGGAUGAGUGCGAGGCCAAAGAUCAAAAGAGCUUUAUCAGGCGACUCAAAGGUUUGGAAUGUGAUGUGAAAUCUCAAGCUCCAACGCACCAUUUGAAAGUCGUUGUGACCAGCCGUCCAUAUUUCAACCUCGAAAAUGAGUUCUCUGAGCUCACGAAGAGUAAUCUCAGGGUGCGAUUGCCAGGUGAAAAGCUUUCCACACAACUUCAAUCUGAGAUGAAUUACGUUGUGCAUGCUCGAAUGUCCAGACUAGGCUCUCGGAUUGUGAAGGACACUACAAGAGAAGAACUUCUUCGUGGGAUACUGGCAACUGAGAAUCGAACAUACCUGUGGCUGGAUUUGGUAUUCAAAAUUAUUGAACAGAUGCCGCGAAUAGACCGACAAACAGUCAAGGCCCUCUUAGGGAACUUACCACAAACUGUCGAUGAUGUCUAUAAUUCGAUUCUUCUCAAAGCCCCGAACCAAGUCCAGGCCAAAAGACUACUACAGAUCAUUGUAGCGGCGACCCGGCCGCUUCGACUCCGUGAAGUCGGUGUUGCAUUGGCUAUCACGGAAGAAACUGAGUGCUACGAAGAUCUAGAGCUGCAAAGCGGCGAACAACUUGCGACAUCCGUCCGGAAUAUCUGUGGACUCUUCGUCCAUAUAGUAGAUGAGACUGUAUUUCUGAUCCAUCAAUCUGCCAAAGAAUUCUUGAUAUCGCUCUCCGAAGAAGUUACAACCAUUUGGCCCAGCUGGAAAUACUCUAUUUCCGUUUCCGACUCGGCUUUACUACUUACUUCGAUCUGCAUCCGCUUUAUAUAUCUCAAAGAGCUCGGGAAGAAGAAAGCGCCCCCAAUCAGAGAGGCUGAGGAGUUGGCUUCUAGUUAUGACUUUCUUGACUACUCCGCAAAUAGCUGGGCCGUGCACUUUGGUCAUAUGACGAUUCAAGAUCGCCAUCACUUCUCCCCUCAGGCUAUGGAUUUAUGUUCUGUGGAAACAGACCGAUACAUGGACUGGGAGAUUGCUGUUCGGAGAGUUGGACGCUCUGUCCACCCUUUCCCUUUGCAUAUCGCGUCAUAUCUAGGGCUGGACAUGGUUGUUCGAACACUACUUGCUUCCCCUGGCGUUGAUGUUAAUUCCAAGACUGACGAUAAUCGAACUCCCAUCUUUUGUGCUGUCGAUAAUGGCCACGAGGGGAUUGUGAAGAUUCUUCUUGCCAUACCUGGGAUUGACAUCAACAUGCCUAGCAGCAAUGGCAAUACUCCCCUUUCUAUGGCUAUAAUUCUAGCCCAUAAGGGUAUUGUUAAGCUUCUUCUUGCUGCUCCUAGUAUUGAAAUCAACUCACUCGAUGAAAACGGCUAUCCACCUCUACAUCUCGCAAUAUAUCAAGGUGAUGAGAGUAUUGUGAAGCUUCUUCUUAAUACCCCUGGUAUUGACAUCAAUAUGACUAAUAGAGGUGGUUUCCACCCUCUAUUUCUCGCUAGCUUUCAAGGCAACGAGGGUAUUGUGAAGCUCCUUCUUACUGCUCCUGGUUUUGAAAUCAAUUCACUCAAUGAAAAAGGCCAUUCACUCCUAUGUCUCGCAAUAUACCAAGGCCACGAGGGUAUUUUGAAGCUCCUUCUUGAUAAUCCUGGUAUUGACAUUAAUAUAGCUGAUGGAGAUGGUAAAACACCCCUAUAUUAUGCAAUAAACCAAGGCUACGAGGAUACUGUGAAGCUCCUCCUUAAUAACCCUGGUAUUGACAUCAAUAUGACUAGUAGAGGUGGCUUUUCACCUCUCUCUCUCGCUAGCUCUCAAGGCCACGAGGGUAUUGUGAAGCUCCUUCUUACUACCCCUGGUAUUGAUAUCAAUAUGGCUAAUGGAGGUGGUAAAACACCCCUAUCUUAUGCUAUAUACCAAGGCCACGAGGAUAUUGUGAAGCUCCUUCUUACUGCUCCUGGUAUUGAUAUCAAUAUGGCUGAUGGAGGUGGUAAUCCACCCCUAUCUUAUGCAAUACUCCAAGGCCACGAGGGUAUUGUGAAGCUUCUUCUUGCUACUCCUGGCAUUGAUGUCAAUAUUGCUAAUAGGGAUGGCUUCCAACCCCUAUCUCUCGCUAGCCUCAAAGGCCACGAGGGUAUUUUGAAGAAGCUUCUUACUGCUCCUGGUAUUGAUAUCAACAUGGCUGGUAGGGAUGGCUUCCAGCCCCUAUCUCUCGCUAGCUCUAGAGGCCAUGAGGGUAUCGUGAAGCUUCUUCUUACUGCUCCUGGUAUUGAUAUUAAUAUAGCCGAUGGAGAUGGUAACACGCCCCUAACUUACGCAAUACACCAAGGCCACGAGGGUAUUGUGAAGCUUCUGCUUACUGCUCCUGGUAUCGAUAUCAAUAUCGCUGGAAGACAUAGCGCUCCUCCUCUAUCUCUCGCUAGCUUUAAAGGCCACGAGGGUAUAGUAAAGCUUCUUCUUGCUGCUCCUGGUGUUGAUAUCAAUAUGGUUGGUAGGGAAGGCUUCCAACCUCUAUUUCUUGCUAGCUUUCAAGGCCAUGAGGGUACUGUGAAGCUUCUUUCUGAUGCUCUUCGUAUUGAUAUUAACUCCGAUGAGGUACAGGACUGCUACACACCGUGA